UACUGCUGGUACUGGUGGUACUGGUGGUACUGGCAGUGCAGUGCUGCUGCUUGGAACAGAGAUUGUGCUUCUGAGAGCUCUGAGAGGGGCGGCAGGGUGUAAGAUCCCGCAGCGCGACGUGACUUUCAGUGACAGCGGCACAUUUCAUCUGGCGUUAAUUCGAGUUCAAUUAAUUCCAUUCCGACCUUCCUGAAUUCUGGUAACCGCCCCACCUUGCCCUGAAAGAUCGGUGUCCUGAAAGGGGCGCCGCACGCUCAGGAGGCCGCGGAGCGCUACUAACGGUACCCAAUCUGACGAACGCCUCCGAGCAAACGGAACACGCGCGGCACAACCGCGACCCGCAGCGCCCAGCCGCUCCGCGGCCCUUCAUCGCGCUCCGCUCGGCGCAUGCGCACCGCACCGCCAUCCCCGCCCGGUGCCAAGAGCGGCCCGCGGGCAUCACGUGGGUCCGGCCCGCUGCCGCGCGGCGCUCCGCGCGUGCCCGGUCCCCGGGAGCAGCGCAGGGUACGGCGGGGAGCGCCGAAUCGGCGCCGUUUCGCUUCCCAGCCCCCCACCCCGAGGCGGAGCGACGCUCGAAAUACAAGUGACAGGAGUGGGAACAGGAGAGUUGCUGAAUUCUGCUGGAAUUUUUCCUGUGGGAAUCUGUUAAUGUUUUUAAUUCUCCGAGAGAUUUUUCUAAGGCUGCCUUGCCCUCCAUGGUACCCGUGUUGUUUUGCUCUCCCAGUUGCUUGGAUGGCUCAGCCACCCCCAGACCCACGCUUUGUGCUCAGAGGUACCAGUGCUGCUGUCCAUGCGCUGCGUUUUUCCUGCGGAGGUGAAGAGCCUGCCGUCCCCGUUCUCUUCUCUGGGUCUGAGAAUGGGUUUAUCCAUGUCUGGAACCUGAAAACUCACAGAGUGGACGCAGCCUUGGAUGGCCAUGGAAGAAAAUCUGUCUACUGGUUGGAAACAAUGGAUGGUAAAGACAGGCUCCUGAGUCAAGGUCGUGACCAGAGGAUCUGCCUGUGGGAUUUAGCAGAGGGACGGACUUCAGUGACGGAUUCUGUCUUCACGGAGAACGUGGGGUUCUGCAGAAGCUCUCUGUUGAAGGUGGCACAGGGACGCUGGCUGAUGGCCAUGGCAGCCAAGGCCCUGGAGGAGGUUCAGGUUUUGGAGCUGCCAUCCAAGACGUCAGUCUGUACCUUGAAGCCAGAGAUGGGUGCCAAGCUGGGCAUGCCCAUGUGUCUGAAGUUAUGGCAGGGCAGCUGUGGUUCACAGCCAUUGCUUCUGGCUGGCUAUGAAGAUGGAUCAGUGCUCCUUUGGAAUUUGUCAACAGGAAAAGUGUUGAGCCAACUUGUUUGCCACCAGGAGCCGGUGAUGAGCCUUGACUUUGACUCAGAGAAGGCCAAAGGGAUCUCGGGCUCAUCCGAAAAGGUGCUUAGCAUCUGGAGCCUCAAUGAGCAACAGAACCUGCAGGUUCAGAAAACGCACAGACUUGUCAAUGCUGGCAUAUCUGAUAUCACCAUCCGUCCAGACAAGAAGAUUUUAGCAACAGCAGGGUGGGAUCAUCGCAUCAGGAUCUUUGGCUGGAAGAAACUGAAGCCCUUAGCAGUGCUUGACUACCACACCGCAACUGUCCAUUCUGUGUCCUUCUCAGACCACAAAAGCCCCAGUGACAGACUGCUGGCAGCUGGUGCAAAGGAUCACCGCAUCAGUAUCUGGUCGAUAUAUACUCAGACAUGAUACGUUCUGCACUGGGAAGUAGGACGGAUGAAGCGAUUCCUUAUACAGUAAUUCAAACCUGGAUCUGGUGAAGUAAUAGAAUGUUUUUUCCAGGCAGAGGUGAGUCCCUGGAAAUUGCUAGAUUAAAAUUUUAUGCUGCCUGUUCAUGCAAAAAGUUCUGUCUCCCAUGGAGGGGAGUUGACUUCUAAAAUUUAUAACAAGUGGAGCAAGGCCAGUCAUGAACAAAGACGGAGGACAAGUCACUUUGAGUUCUGCUGCAGGUUUUGCAACAGCUUUUUCUUUGGCAUAUUGCUAAAAUAACUUUGGCCAAUUUCUGGAAAAAGAACUGGAAUCUCUGACUUCUGUGGGAGCAGAACGUCUCUGUAAGUCACUUGUGUAUCUAAGAAUCUAUAUCAGUGUAAAAUACCACUCUUCUGUGAGAACUUGCACCCACUAAACCACCUCCAGUGGUUUUUCAUUGUCAGUUACUUUUUCUUCCCUGUAAGUGAAAGGCUAUCAGAGCAGCCUUGAUUUGUUCGCACUUCUGUCAGUUUCUAACUUAAACCAACAGCCAGGAAUGUGACUUGGGACGGCCUUUGGCAUUUAUGAAUUUCAUUAUGUCUCCCGUCACCUCAAGUCUCACAAUUAAUCACAAGAAGAAAAGGGGGAAAAUAACCUUCCCCUGCACUGCACUGCAAAGCUAUGUAAAGCCUUUUACAGAGCCAGUGCUAAAUCCUUUCCAUGGACUGACUAGCUGAAGGAUUUAAACUCAGCAAUCCAAUUAGCGCCUUCUCCUUGGAGAGUUAGGGUAAGUUUCAGCAUGGCAAGUCUGGGAUUCAGCUACGCAACUCACAUUAACAUUUAGGGGAAUUUCAUGGAUAAAUCCUUACCCACACGGUGCAGAUGGAUCCAUUAACUUGUCAUCUCUAUGGUCACAGAAGCUGAAAUUCUUUCACGAAGGAGGGUUUUUUUGAAUGGUGAAGCAUUAGCAUUCUUUGACUACACCAGGAAGAUAUCUGUGAACAGACUGUCCUGUGUUGGUGUGUUUAAAGUCACACAACUGUAGCUGCAGCUGUCCUGCUGAAGCACCCAGCUGAUGCCAGGUUGUUGAGGACAUAAUUUUAAAAGGAAUGUGUACUAAAGACUAUGAAAACAGCUUUACAGACAGAAGCCUUCAUGUCAUGCAGGUUCCGCACUAUUGGUAUUUUAUUGUACGUGUUUUUCUGCCUGGUUACAAGGUUAAUAGCAGAGAAAAUGUCACCAGAACUGUAGUGAACAGCAACAUCAAAAGAUUCUCAAAAUAAAAGCCUGAUGUUCUUGCUCUCACAGAAACAGCAUCCUGUUCUACCAGCUUUUCUAAAGAAAAUUUGGUCUUGCACCUUCUGGAGUGUGACAACACUUGUAAUAAUUCAUUUCUUUGAGUGUUUCUUUGAUGUUAGGCAGCUGCACAGAUGAUCACAUUGCAAUAAAAAAAGCAAA